AUGGCCGGCUUGAACAUCGACUCCCAUCCGACCCCGGCUUCGUUUGAAGCUCUUCUGAGCGGCGAGCACCCGCCUGGCACUGGUCGUCCCGAGCCCUUCUCUGGCUCGCGCGGUCGCGGUGGGCUCGCGGGCUUCCCAGGCGCCACCUCUCGCGGCGGACGUCGCGGCGGCCCGCCCGGCUUUGGCCCCGGCGCACACGCCGACUUCCUCGCUGGGCGCGGAGAUACCGGUGGCCUAUUCGGUGGUGACGAUGACUUCGACACGGAGGGGUUCCGCGGUGGAUUCGGCGGCGAUCCUCGCGCCGGCUUGGGCUUCGGUGGGCCCGGUAGCUACGGUUUCGGCGGCUUCGGCGGCCCUGGCGCAUUCGGCGGGCACCCUGGUCUUGGAGGACCAGGCGCAUUUGGCGGGCUCGCAGGACAAGGUGGUCUUGGCGGCUUUGGAGGAUUCGGAGGGUGCGGAGGGUUCGGUGGUCAUGGAGGGUUCGGCGGCUUUGGUGGAGCAGGCGGAUUCGGCGACCUUGGUCGCACCUCCUUAGGCUUACCUCCGCGCGGUUUCAGUGGGCCAGGCAGCUUCGCAAAUGGCGGUGCGCCGUGGGCCAACGCGUCCAAGGGCAACGCGAACGGCGUCAACAACGGCCCGCGCUUCGGGCGCGGCAGCUUCGGGAGACCGCCGUUCCCUCGCUUCGACAUUCUCGCGUCUGAGACUCAGUACGUGGUGGAGAUCGAGGUCCCAGGCGUGCGCAAGGAGGACAUCACCGUACGCGUCAACGACGACGAGAAGAGCGUUACUAUCGAAGGCUCGUUCCCCGCCUCCGCUGAGGAUGCGCCGGAGCGCGUGUACGCCGAGCGCCGCAUAGCUCCCGGCGAGAAGUUCACGCGCACGAUCCCGCUUCCGGGGUUCAUCGACAAGAACGGCGUCGUCGCGAAGCUCUCGGACGGUCUUCUGAUCGUCACAGUCACGAAGGUUGAGAAGGUCGAGGGGCAGGCGGUGAACAUCCAGUAG